CACAACAUUUUAUUACCUUUUUUUUUUUCAAACAACAUAUUGCAAUGGAGUUUUCUACGUGUUCUUGGUCCAUCACAUGCUUAAUCUUAAUGAUUUUGCAGCCGUUGUUAUGGAAUAGAAGCUUGUACGCUAAUGGAUGCUAUACGUUCAUCUUUAGCUUUGGCGACUCCCUGGCCGACCCGGGUAAUAUUAAACAACUCGCUGCCAUAUCCCACGCGGACAUUCAGUCUCUUCAGUUUCCUUACGGCGAAACCUUCUUUCAUGAACCCACCGGUCGUGCCUCCAAUGGACGCCUCAUCAUCGAUUUCCUGGCUGAGAGCCUUGGCUUGCCACUAAUACCACCGUUUCUGAACGAUAAGGAGAGUGACAAUGUGGUGGCGUUGGGACCAGGAGUUAAUUACGCAGUCGUGGCAGCAACAGCAUUGGAUACAUCAUUUCAUGAAGCAAGAGGGACUGUUGAUCCUGUAGCAAACAUAUCUUUAGGAGUUGAAUUGGCAUGGUUUAAACGAUCAUUGGCUUCUAUUUGCAGCAACGCCUCAGAUUGUAGAAACUUAGUUGGACGUUCUUUGAUCCUAAUGGGAGAGAUAGGUGGAACCGAUUACAACAAUCCAAUAUUUGACUAUAAGCCAAUCGAGGAGGUCGAAUCAUACGUUCCUCUUGUAAUUGAUACCAUCAUCUCAGCAGUCAAUGAGCUAAUCGAUAUGGGGGCUCAAACACUGGUUGUUCCAGGAACCUUUCCAAUUGGGUGUUCUAGUUCAAUUCUAACAGUUCGUGCUUCUAGAAACAAAAAAGAUUACGAUAACAGAACCGGUUGUCUCAUCAGGUACAAUGAACUUGUCGAAUACCACAAUGAUCUGCUGAUAAAGAAACUAAACCACCUUCGAGAGCUUCAUCCGAAUGUCAUCAUCAUCUAUGCUGACUACUACAAUGCUGCCAUGCAGAUUAUCUAUUCUCCUAUUAAAUUUGGAUUCACAAAUCCGGUUUUGAAGUCGUGUUGUGGAGGUGGAGGCCCAUACAACUACAACUUCAAUCUGUCAGCGCAAUGUGGACAUGUACUUGCGACUGUGUGUGAUGACCCGGAUGCGUAUGCUUACUGGGAUGGAAUACACUUUACAGAAGCUGCAUAUAGAAUAAUAUUCAAGAGUUUAUUUCAAGGCCAUUUGAAGCCAUACAAAGCCUUAACUUCACACUGGUAA